AUGGAUCCGGAGGAGAGAGCGUAUCAUGAAGGCUUCAUGCGGGAGGCUAUCGCUAUGGCUGAACUUGCACUGAAGAGUGAUGAGACGCCCGUUGGCUGUGUCUUUGUCAAAGAUGGCGAGGUCAUUGGACGAGGCAUGAACGAGACAAACCGAACUCUGAACGGUACCAGACACGCAGAGUUCGUCGCCAUCGCUGGCAUCUUGUCAAAGCACCCCAUCAGCAUCCUCAACGAGACAGACCUCUAUGUCACUGUCGAGCCAUGCGUCAUGUGUGCAUCCAUGCUGCGCCAGUACGGCAUUCGAGCAGUCUACUUCGGAUGCUGGAACGAGCGGUUCGGCGGUACUGGAGGAGUGCUGAACAUCCACUCUGACCCCAGCGUUGACAAGCCCUAUCCAGUCACCGGCGGCAUCUUCCGAGAGGAAGCAAUCAUGCUGCUUCGGAAGUUCUAUGUCCAGGAGAACGAGAAGGCCCCCGAGCCUAAGCAGAAGAAGACGAGGGAGCUCAAGACGGAGAUCCUACCCAUGGACGUCCACCAGCCCAAGUCAACGCCAUCUCCUGCUAUCCGUACCCCAGUCAAUGCGACCUCGACUGGAUCCAUCCAAACACUGUCUUCUCUGGCUACAUCUGCAGCUGCUGCAGCUGUCGCAGUUCCCAAGACUGUGUUCCCCCCACCUGCACAAUCUCGUCCUACUUCUGCUAGCACAGCUCUCGCCUAA